AGUAAUGAGCGUAGUGUAUUAAACACGAUUAGUAGUAGUCAGUUACUUCUGAAACAGCAACAUGCAGCAGCAGCACAGAAGCGGAGGAGAGCAAAAGAAAAAAAAAAGGCUUACGACGACGGUCACACUCUCCUAUCUCCUUCGGGAACUGCGAUGUUACCAUAAAUAGCAAAACGCGAUUUCUUCUUCGCCCGGAGAUUGUCGUUUGAGGCUACUGUAGAGCGAGAGAGAGAGAGAGAGAUAAACAGAACGAAGCAGAGAUAAAGAGAAGCCUUCUGCUCCAUUGUAAAAAAAAAUGGAGAGGUCAGUAAAAGUCGACGGUUUACCAUUUAAGUGGGGUAAAAAGAGUGUAGAAAACAAGGACGUCCAGUUCUAUGAAUCUUUCACUUACGGUGGCUGUGAGUACUGUCUUUAUGACUGUGUCUCUGUUGGAGGUGAUAGUAGUAAACUAGACUCCCGAGAGUUCUUUGUUGGCAAGAUUAUAAAAAUGUGGGAGUAUAAUGAUCGGCGUCAAGACCCGAGGAGAGUCGAGUUACUCUGGUUCUUCAAACCUUCUGAGCUUUCCUUGUACCUUGAUGGGCUUCGAGAUGUGCUUGCUAACGAACUGUUCUUGGCUUCUGGGUCAGGUCUUGGCCUCACCAAUGAAAACCUACUGGAAGCAAUUUCUGGAAAAUGUCGUGUUCUAUGCAUUUCCAAGGACGUAAGAAACCCACAGCCCUCUGAGGAAGAAAUCAAGUCGGCCGACUUCCUUUUUCACCGAACUUAUGAUGUGGGAACUUCCAGAAUCUUAGAUACAAUAGAUGAUACAAUUGCUGGAGUUGAUGUUAAGUUCAUCUUUAACAGAAGGAUAGCUAGUUCUCGGCAAAAAGUGGCAACCAAUAUACAAGGGACUGCAGAUAGUCUGAAACCAAAUCAUCCUUCUACUAGCGGUUCAGUUAUGCAGAAUGAACGCAAUGCCGGUGAUUCAUCUGGUAAUUGGAAGAGCGAUUACGGUUACAAGAAAGAACAAGAUAAUGAAUGUCAUAACCAAUUGGCUAGGAAAAGAUCUACACUUGCAGAAGAAAGGUCUGACAAGGAUUUUGGUCGGGUUGAUGGUGAACUUGACAGUUUUAGCGCUUCAGGUAGGAGACAUGAUUGUCAUGGAAGGAAAGACCAAGACGACGAAGUUGGAAAGCAACUGGCUAAACAAAAACCAAGGCUUGCUGAUGAAAGGUGUGGUAAAGAUUCUUACUGUUCGGAUGACAUGCCUCAGAAGAAACGGAGACUAGAUGGUUCUCUUGCAGGACCAGAUGGAAGGUUUAAAGUGCCGCAGAAAUUAAGAAAUGAUGGUAGAAAAAAUAUAGAACCUAUUAGAAGAGAUGCGAUGGUAGGAAAAUCAAGGUUUGCAGAGGAAAGACGCAGCAAUGAUUUUUACGGUUUGGAUGUCAUGUCUCUAAAGAAACCGAGGCUAGAUGGUUCUAUUGCAGUAUCAGAUGGAAGGACAAGAGAGUCGCAGAAUAUAAGUCAUGAUGGUAAAAAAGACAUGCAAGGUAUGAGAAAAGAUGUGAUGGUAGAAAAAUCAAGGCUUGCAGGGGAAAGAUGCAGCAAAGAUUACAUGGCUCAAAAGAAACUGGAGCUGAGGGGCUCUGUUGUGGUAUCAGAUGGAAGGUCGAAAAUGUCUCAGAAAUUAAGUCAUGGUGAAAGAGAAGAUCCUAGAGACAAAGUCACAAGAGGGGAAGUAUAUUCCCAGAAGUCUAGCUUCACUGACAAGAACCAAGAUCUGCUGAUACCAAAAUUUUCUGAAGGAAAAGUUACUAAACAUGUUAGAUUUGCUGAAGGAAAAGAGACCAAACAUGUGAGAUUUGCUGAAGAAAUAGAGACUAGACAUGUGAGAUUUGCUGAAGGAACCGAGGCCAGACAUGUGAGGUUUUCUGAAGGAACAGAGACCAGACAUGUGAGGUUUUCUGAAGGAACAGAGACCAGACCUGUUAGAUUUUCUGAAGGACAAGAGACAAGGCCUGCAACUGAGAAAGGUCUAAUCAAGAAAUCCAGCCCUGAUUGUAAAAUAUCAAAACACAGUGAGGAUAAGAUGUUGACCAACGCCGAUUACAGAAGACAUCAUCGAGUCUUCGAAGUGACUCAAAAGCCUAAUGUUGAAGGAAUCAAAUGGUUCCGAAAACUUAGUUGGGAAGAAGAUUUGAGGUGUGCAGAAGGGAAAGGGACUCUGGUUGUUCUCAGAAACUUGGAUCCUUCUUAUACAUCUAAUGAAGUGGAGAAUAUAAUCUACUCUGCUUUGAAUGAGCAAUGCACGGCCAGGAUGAUUGAGCGGACGUCAGCUACUAUUCCUCAUAUUGGUGAAGCUUUGGUGAUAUUCGAGACAACGGAUGCUGCAAAAAGGGUAAUUAGAAGACUACACGAGGGAUGCUUGUUGUUAUCAAAUGGAAGGGUACUUGUUGCUACAAGUGCUAAGGUGAAUCCUCCAGCUAUGCCUUCAUUGCCGUUUCCUGGCCAUAUCUCUAUCCAGCGUCGAGGGAAGAGAAGCGGUGCGGUUACAUCACAUUGUUCUCAGGGUAAUAACAUUGAAUUUGAAAUGGGCAUGGAAUGGUGGUUGCACCUACGCAUAUACAAGCAGAUUUGGGAAAGCAUAUAUGAGCGACAAGUUGAUGAGAAGAAGAAGUUGCAGUUGGAUGUCGAGCUAAAACACACUUAGUUUCAGCAUCAUCUUGUUGUGUUCUAGUGUAAGUAAACUCUUAACAUCUAAUGAGAAACAAGUGUGAAGAGUUUAUCUUCUUUGUGUUGAAGCAACCUGAGAAGGAGAACACAGAGAAGAACAAUCACGAGAUUUUUUGUUAGUUUUAGUUUUGGUGUAAUGUCAUACUUAGAACAUGAAGCUGCCGUGUUCAUGUUCAUCCAACCCCAACCAACUUUCAACUGUAAACUCAUUUCAGGAAAUCAAAUCUUGUUUCUUGUCAUUAAAUUUUUUAAUUGUAAACCAAACACUUGAAGCUCCU